AAAUGGAAAACUGUUUCAGCAAUUUGCGUCAGUUGAAAAUUAUAUUUUGUUCGCCAAAGACGCGCACAGCUCAGCAGAUUCUUUUGCAUUUUAGAUUCAAAUCAUAAAAAUGGCUCCACGCAACAAGGAACAAGAACAGGAAGUCCUCAACUGGAUCUUUGCCGUGAUCGGCGAGAAGGUGCCCAGCGGUCAGUAUGAGGAUAUCCUUAAGGACGGCAUCUGGCUGUGCAAGCUGGCCAACAAGCUGGCUCCCGGCUCGGUGAAGAAGAUCCAAGAGCGCGGCACAAACUUCCAGCUGAUGGAGAACAUUCAGCGCUUCCAGGCUGCCGUCAAGAAGUACGGUGUCCCCGAGGAGGAGAUCUUCCAGACCGCCGAUCUCUUCGAGCGUCGUAAUAUUCCACAAGUCACCCUGUCGCUUUACGCCCUGGGCCGCAUUACACAAAAGCACCCCGAGUUCACCGGCCCCUCUUUGGGCCCCAAGAUGUCCGACAAGAACGAGCGCACGUUCACCGAGGAGCAGCUGCGUGCUCACGAGGGUGAGCUGAACCUGCAGAUGGGCUUCAACAAGGGCGCCUCCCAGGCGGGUCAUGGUGGCUUCAGCAACACACGCCACAUGUAAACAUCUGGCAAUUAGCACCAACACACACCAACACUCACACACACACACACACCCACCCGCACACAUAUGCACCCGGAAGAGUACAGCAGAAAGGAAUUAGUGGAACAAAGUUGAUUCGUACUUUGAAAUAAGGAGGCACUCUAAAUGUAAUUUAUAUAUUAUGAAAUAAAUAAAUUAAUUAAUUUUAAUACAA